GAUCUUGGAGAUCGGCCGAUCUGAGAAAUGAAGCAUGUCCCACGACUGGGAUUUCUCGUCCUUUUGGGUGUGCUGAGCCCAGUGGAUGCUGGGCUACAAGUGGCAGCCAGCUGCACAGCUGUAGCCUGUGGUGAACAUGGAAUCUGUAGGAACGGAGCCUGCGAAUGCCACAGCGGAUGGGCGGGCAAAGACUGUAGCUACUUCAUGGCAGAUGACGCUCAGGAGGUCAAGCUGUCGCCGGAGCUUCUACGGAUGUUGCAGGCUCCAGGGUCAGGCAAGUUUGCAGACACGACAGAGGCGCCCACUAGCUCGUCCAGCUCGGCAGAUGUAGUCUCCGCUGGAGCCACCGUGACGAGCGGUGCCCUGAAAGUGGCGCGAGAAGCGUUGAUCAGGGCGCAAGAAGCCGCACGAGGAGG